AUGGGAGAUGAAGCAAUUUAUGAAUGUAAUACUUGUCAUAGAAGAUAUGUACGAAAAUCAAGUUUACUUUUACAUAAAAAACAUAAAUGUGGACAAGCACAAAAUUUUAGUUGUGAACUUUGUGAAUAUAAAACACAUUAUAAAGGAAAGCGGCCUUUCAAAUGUGAUACCUGUACACGUAGUUACAUGUAUCGUAGUGGUUUGUAUCUGCAUAAACGCUACGAAUGUGGAAAAGAUCCAAUGUUUUCUUGCCAUCUGUGUACAUAUCGUGCACAUCAACGCCAUAGUGUUAAACGGCAUUUAAAAAUUAAACAUAAUUUAUGUGUUAAUAUGCAUUAUUUUGGUAGACCAUUCUUUUGCUCAAAAUGUAAUCGCGCCUACAAACAUAAAUGGAGUUUAGUACAUCAUUGUCGUUAUGAAUGUGGAAAAGAGCCAUCGUUUCGUUGCAAUUCUUGCGAUUAUGCAACGCGUGUAAAGAUUACAGAUUUCCCAUGUAGUACAUGUCCAAGAAGGUAUAAAUAUCGGACGAAUUUACUGAACCAUCUGAAAUACGAAUGUGGAAAAGAUCCAAAAUUUUCUUGUCAUCUAUGUACAUAUCGUACAAAACAUCGCCAUAGUGUUAAACGACAUUUAGAAAAUAUACACAAUUUAAUUGUUAAUUCGAGAGACGUAAAUUUACAGAUUUUCCAUGUAGUACAUGCCCAAGAAGGUUUUACAUGUAAUAUGUGUUCGAAAAUAUAUAAAUAUUUAAGAAGUUUACAACGCCAUCAGAAGUAUGAAUGUGGAAAAUCACCAUCUUUCCAGUGUCCUCAUUGUGAAUAUGCAUGUCAGCAAAAAGCAAAUUUAAAGAAGCAUGUAAUAUUUCGACAUUGUUUUGCAUGUAAUAUAUGCUCCAAAAUUUAUAAAUAUCGAUGCAAUUUAUCUCGUCAUCAGAAAUACGAAUGUGGAAAAUCUCCAUCUUUUAAGUGUCCUCAUUGUGAAUAUGCAUGUCAGCAAAAAGCAAAUUUAAAGAAGCAUGUAAUAUUUCGACAUUCUGGAAAACCACCAUCUUUUCGUUGUCCAGAGUGUGCAUAUACAUGCCAUGUAAAAGCCAAUUUGAAAUCCCGUAUGAUCUGUUUUUCAUGUAAUAUAUGCUCGAAAAUAUAUAAAUAUCGAAGGAGUUUGCAACGUCACCAGAAAUAUGAAUGUGGAAAGUCACCAUCUUUUCAAUGCCCCUACUGUGAAUAUGCAUGUCAUGUUAAAGCAAAUUUGAAACAACAUGUCAUUUGCCGGCAUUCUGGAAAAUCACCAUCUUUUCAAUGCCCAUAUUGUGAAUAUGUCUGCCCUUUAAAAUCAAAUUUGAAAAUGCAUGUCGCUUGCCGACAUUCUAAGAUUUAUGAAUAA